AUGUGGCAAGAUAUCUCGUGUAUUGCAGAAUGGUCAUAUCAGAAUCUAACCCCGGCUCUCGCAACUCACACUUGCCCAGCACACGCAAACCUCAUUCUGUCAGCGACAGCUCAAGGGCUCGUGGGCGUACCAUUUUUAGACCACGACGGACUUCACGCUCAAGGAGCGAACGAUAGCGCCGUGGAAAUGCACUACAAUGGUGAAAAAGACUGGAUGGAUGAUUUUGAGUCUGAUUCCGCCGCCUCUGGAUCAGGAAAGCAGCACAAAAACUGCCCUACUCGUGACACACGGCCAAGACGUGAUAUAUCUUCGAGCUCCGAAUACCUCUUUAAAGACGACUCGCUAUCUUCAAAGGACGCUCGUCGAGAUGUCAGUCCCUUGCAUAUGUCCGAGGUCGGUAUCUCAGCACCUCCGAAAAAAACGGAGGCAGACGCAUGUCCUGCACCAUUGCACAGUCAUGCUACAGAUGUCUUCAGCAAUAACUCUGUCGCCCAAGGUCACCAGAAUGUAAACGACGAACUCGUGGAGGCCAUUUCGAGAAAUAUAGCCCAACAACUACACAUGCUAUCAAUCAAGGACACAACCGUUCGUGGACGAAGUGACACUCAGCAGCUACUUUCCCAGACCUCGGAUAGCCUCGAAAACGAGUCGAGAACCCCGAGUCAAAGGGAAGCUCUGAAUCGAUUCACUCAAGAGCUGCAGAGAUAUGCUGAGCAGUCGGGUGCAAAAUGCAACCUACCGAUACCUACUCCGACCCCCCCGCGUUCUAGCACAAGCCUUCAUACGAUAGCAGCUCUUCUGCCCUUUCGUUCGGAGUUUAAAGCUGCCGGUCUUGCAAUUACUUCAAAAGAUCAAAAGAAACGUUCCCCCCACCGUUCUCCUGUUGGCAAACACAGAGUAAUGAUGAACCAAGUACCGCGAUCUCAUGUCGAACAACAGCAUCUCCUCCAGAUGGAUGGCAAUGCAGGGUGUCCUAGUUCAAGUACACAAAUCCCUUUCCCGGUCUCAAAAGACAUGGGCGAGUUCAGCUAUGCAAUGGUGGACCAGCCAAAACCCCAUAAGUAUCGAAGAAAGAAGCUUACACACAAACCGAAACCUUUAUAUUCAGAAUCCCUCAACGAGAAGGCUUUAACAGGACCUACGGCCAAGCUUCCCAGACCACGAAUGCAUACAUAUCCCGAAUGGCCCAAUGUCACAUCUUUGGAGAGAAGGUCGAACCAGCGAAAGAACCUCGAUAAACGGAAGACAAAAUCGACUUCCCCAGCUGUACGAAGCACGCAAAGGAUGAGACAAUCAAACCGGGCUUUUUUCACUGGGCGAGGGACACCUAUGAUCUGCUCGAGCGUGUCGUUGGAAUCGGUAGUCCAAGAUAAUGCUGGCCCAUCCUCAAAUAAACACCACCCCCGUGCAAAAAACAACGUUUGUGCAUACAGAAAUUGUAGCCAAGGAAACGAAGAGGAGAGCCCCUGCAUCAGACCAGUGCAGACCUCGAGAGAUAUCAAGCAAUCGAUAUUGGUGCAACCUCGUCCCAGAAGCUGCCAUAGCUUAAGUGCUGAUGUUCUUGUCCCGCAGCAAUUGCAUCCCACAAAAAAGUCCAGUAAACCUUUGCCAGAACCCCCUCACCCAGAUCCGUCAUCAACAGCUACAGAACAAAGCUGCAGAUUGUCUGUUGAUGAUGUCUCACCAUCUACACUGAAGAAGGACAUACUUGAUAAAGAUAAAGCAAAGGUAUCAUCGGACAGGAGAACCAAGUAUGGAAGCUCUUCCAUAUCACCAAAUCAUGUUACUGUCUGUUCACGAGGGUUUUCCGGUCGAAAGAUUGGACGACCAAACGUACCAAAGCGAACAUCAUCCAUUCGAAGUCUUCGAGCAGCCAAUCAAGAUUAUGACCAAGAUAGGGUCCUAGAUCGCGAUGUGCUAAGGGGUCUCCAUAUUGCGUCUUCGGCAGCUUGCAACGAGCAGAUUGAUUCAUUUAUCCAUGAGAAGACUGGCCUACACAUUCGACAAUUUCUGGCUGAUCUCAUGCCGCUUGAGAGUCUGGGCAACGAACCAGUGCGGGAAUCGAAGGAAGAAAGGUCGAGGAGAAGGCGGGCAGACAUCAGGGAGGUGAAGCGACGAGCGAGGAAAUCUCGACAGAUAAGAGAACGCGCCAUGGUCUGAUGAUUGGUGAAUGAGGCGUAGGAACUCAUUCCUCCAGUUUCAGUCAUUCCUGUGUCUUUGGAUGCAACGGAUACAUUGUUACACUUAGCUUAGAUAAAACGGCAAACCCUCACCAAGGUUUGUAUGAUUGCGGCAUUCUCGUUCAGUCAUGUGUUAGGC